AUGGCGGUCAAAACCCAUUGUCAGAGCACGAUUCGGGGUGACCUAAUAAGUCUUAGCAUCGUCGAGUGUUUUAAGCAGGAAUUCUUAACGGAGAUAGGAAUUUUAUUAAUAAGACAACGUAAUACAAUCAGAUUUGAAGUAUUCUUAAGAAUGAAUGGAUUUGUUGUACCGAAGUCGUACGACCAGAGUCGUACACUAGAGCUACUGAAAGCUUUGAGGAUAGAAAGUUUUACAGACCUAGAAAUAGAGGCACGGGACAUAUCGGAUAAAUCUCGUCAACAUGAAACAAAAAGUGCUAGGAAUAACGGGGGAAAAUCAAACAAACUGAUCCCCAUUAACGAAAUGAUCAAUGGAUAUGGAUCGGUUCAUCAGAAUAAACCAAGGGUUCGGCAUACACAGACUAGAAAAAGGAUGAUUGUCGUAGAAGAGUCUGAACUUCGACUCAAUCUUCAAGAUGUUGUUUGCGAAGAUGAUGGAUAUUCCGAUGUUGAUCUGACGACAGACAGAGAAACAGAUGUCAAAGAAGUUGACAAGACACCUAGAAGAGAAUCUAGAAGUACUGGUCAGAGAAUAAAAAGAUUUCUGACAAAAUAUUUAUGUUCAUUUUAUGAUUAUUCCAUGUAA